AUGCUUCACCCCUCUUCUCCCGCUUCCAAUCCCCUCUCCUGCCCUACCCCUUGUCUCUCGCUCUCAUCCUCUCUGACUCCUCACCCUUCGUCUCCCAUUCCCAAAUCCCCCAUCCCUCAUCCUUCAACAACGCCCAACCAGGACAAGACAGGCGGGCGCUCACCUUUUUCCCCACCAUUCCCCCAAUCGCCCUUCCCCCACCUCCUCCCCCCAGUCCUCAUCCUUCAAUCAACAGGUCGCCAGGCCAAUCUGUGCACAACCGGGGGAAGACAGCUGCAGAAGACCUACCCUUUUCCCACCUUUUCCCACCUUUCCCCACCUUUCCCCACCUUUCCCCACCUUUCCCCCCCAUUUCCCCCUUUCCCUCCCCACCUCUCCCCCCCACCCCAGUCCUCGUCCUUCAACAGGUCGCCUGGCCAGUCCGUGCACAACCGGGGAAAAACAGCAGGGUCAGGCGGAGCAAGCCGGGUUGCUGCUGCUGCUGCGCCUGAAACAUGGUUGCCCGAGAGUGCACUCACCAGCGGUGCCCCGACCGUUUCCCCCACAAGUGCUGGAGCUCCCAAUCGUCCCUCUUGUAUUGGGAGUGAAGGUAUUGGGAGUGCUGCAGGGGUGUGGCUAGGCGCAGCGGGGGAUGGAGCAGUGGGAUGGGGGGGGAGAGGCGAGGAGACAGACAGAGAGUUGAGAGAGGAAGAUUCUGUGCCGCUGCUGCCCAAGCGGCUUCACUUUGACCAGCUGUCAGCCCCAACCCCGGGCGUGGCCUCAUUCCCAGCCUCGGCUGCUACAGAGUCGGAGAAGCCGUUGAGGAGGAGGAGGUGCAGGGCGUGCAUGGCAGCAUGGGAUAUGCUGGUGCUCACUGUGGUCAUUCUUCUCAUCUCGUUUAUUAUUGUUGGCGGCAUCCUCACCACCUUCCCCAUCAUCUGUCCCCUCCACCCUCCCUUCUCCCACCACUACCCACCUCCUCCGCCUCGUCUCCUCCCCGUGCCUCUCCCCUUCCUCCUGCACGCGCUAAUCACGCUCCUCCUCUCCCUUCAAACCGUCUUCAACUUCCUCUGCUCCGCUCUCCUCCCCGCCGGCCCAGUCACCCGUGUUGCUUUCGGCUCUGCAGACAUGCCAACUGUAUCGGCAGGCUCGUUUGACGGCUGGCAGUUGUGCCGCCGCUGCGACCCGCCCCGAGCCAAGCCCCCCGGUGCGCACCACUGCAGCAGCUGCGGCACGUGCGUGAUGGACAUGGACCACCACUGCCCCUUCGUGAGUACUUGA